AAUACUCCGUUGGGUAUUUGAUGAAAAUAAAAAUUGAAAGAUGACACGAAUACUUUUUUAUUAAUAAAAACAAGUAACAAAUACGCUACAAUACUAUUUGAUAUUAAAAUUUUCUUCGAUUUCCGAGAUCACUGACAUCAUCGUCACUUGCUACCAUCGACCAAGGGGAAUUUCCUCCAUUAUAACUAAAUAUAUUUACGUUUUCUUUAAUAUUAUAGAUUAUAAACGUAGAAGGAGAAUUAAAAUAACCGUCUAAAGCUAGAUAACGAAGAGUAAUGGAAGCUGGAUUGAGUUAUAAGCACAUCUUGUUGACGGGUCCGCCCGGAAUCGGCAAAACCACCGUAGUCAGGAAGGUUUACGAGAAACUUAAAGAAUAUAACACGAUAAGAACUAAAGGAUUCUACACGGAAGAGAUCAAGAGCGGAGGCAAGCGCAUCGGAUUCGACAUCUGCUCCCUGGACGGCAGGAGAGGACCGCUUGCCAGAAUCAGCAGCGGCGGAUCCGACGGCCCCCGGGUGGGUCAGUACGUCGUCAACCUGAGUUCCUUCGAAAAUCUAGCCCUUCCGGCUCUGGAGACCGACAACUCGCUUCCCACCGUCCUCAUCAUCGACGAGAUCGGUAAGAUGGAACUGUUCAGUACGUGCUUUCGGCAGUCGGUCAAGGAACAGUUCGGACGGUCCCCGUCGCUCAAGAUACUGGCCACCGUGCCGGUGAGGAGCAGAGGAAAGCCGCUGAGCUUCGUCGAGGAUCUGAAGAAGAGAAACGACGUGGAGAUUUACGUCGUCACCAAGGAUAACCGCGACGAGGUGGUGGCCGAGAUAGCGGAGAAGCUGGUUUCCAAUUAGGAAUGCGACUUGUCUCCCUCUGCGCCUCUCGUUUAAUUUAUUGAGAAUGAAAUAUUUGUAAAUCUGUUGCUGCAAGGAUAGAGUUUACCUUAUAUGAAAAAAAUAUAUAUAUUAUUAUGAUAAUGAUGCUGUUGUGUUCGGCUAUUUCGUACGUUUUGCUGUUGUAUUAUUAUUUUAUCGUUAUUAUUAUUACGAUUAUUGAUAUUUGCUUCCACGGUCGAGGACGAAUUGUGUAACCGUUGUCGGAGUCGUCUUUUUGUGCAGAAUUGUGCCGGACUUUGCAUAUAUAUCCGUAACAUUUUAAUUACUAAUGACUUAGCUGUUUUUGUGGGAGACUUUUGUGGAUUUGCCAGUUCGUUAUUAUUUUUUUAAUCUGUUUUUUGAGGAGUUGAGGAGUUCUCAGUUAUAUUGAGUUUCUUGUUAUAAAAGUAUUUAAAAAAUAUAUAUAUAUAUAUAUAUAUGUAUAUAUAUAUGUAUAUAUUUAAAACUUAUAAAGUAUAAUUGCAAAUUAUAAAAGUUUCUACCUAUAAGUGAUUAAAAGUAUCAAAAAAAAACAAAUAUCAGAAGUCCAAAAGCUGUUGGAUCCUUAUGACAAGACAAUGAUAGUCCUAUUGAAUAUUUUGUUAACUUAUCUGUUUUAUUUAGACUUUUUUGUGUUAGUUUUUUGUACUCUAUAGAUUUGGUGGCUUAGUUAUGAAUUAUUGCAAAAAAUAACAAAUUUUAUAUAAAUGACAGUUGCAAAAUGUACUUAAAACAAUCUUGAUAGUAUUGAAGACUUAAAAAACAUUCUCGGUUGGUAGAAGCCAACAAUCAUCCGAGUUACAUUGUUAGUGACUAAUUUAACUUGAAGGAUUAUUCUGUUAUUCUUCAUAUUUUUAUUUUCUACGAUAACCUUUGUCGUUACGAUUCUUACCAUUAGGAAACAAUACCCAAAGCUACUUCUCGUGAAAACAUUGCUGUGUUGUUUGACGGUGCGUCUCGCACGUUUACUUUCGGGGCCGGUCCGAUCGACGUUAGGCUCUCGAACGCGGGUCUGUAAACAACGGGCUGUCGGCGCAACAAAAUCAAAGAAUUUUUCGGCGGUUCGAGACAGAGUACUACAUCGAAUUGCCUCAUUCCUAUGGGACUGGUGCCGUUUACUCUGUUGGACGAUUCUUGAAAUUUAAACAAGGUGUGUAUUAUAACUUUUGCAAGAUCAAAGCUUUUUGAGGAUUUGUGCCGUGUUCAAAUUAGUGUUUAAUAUAGACAAUCUGCACUAAUUUGUUUUACAUUGUAUCCAUCUGGUAAUUUAUCAUGUAUCAUACAUUAUAAUCAAAGCAUAGUUUGCAAUGAUUCAGAAUAUUUAGAAGCCAUUUUAUGAUUUUGUUAACAAAUUUUUACAAACAUUGUUAUGGUAUGUCUAUAUUUGAAUUACAAGUGCUUCAACUUAACUGUAUAUCUCAAAGGGAACUGUAUAACUAAAUAAAACAAAAGGGAAUUAACCUGAUCUUGUGUCGAUAAAUUACAGUUAUUUUGAGCUAUCCGUAUGUACUUUGUGUGUAAAACUGUAACAGUACUCUGUAUGUGUACUUAAAGGUGUUAAUUACAAUAAAUAUAUUAAGAUACAGUA